AUGGGCGGCGACGCGCCGGGCGGCCUGGCCCUCAGGCUGGGCGCGCCGGGGGGCGGCAGCAUGGGGGUCGGGCGCGGCCCGCCCACAUUCUUCCAUAGUGGGGACGUGCUACUCAGCGGACUCGACAGCAGCAGCCGCGGCAGCCCAGGCUCGGGCGGCAGCAGCGCGCCGGACACACAGUUUGUCGUCGCGCCGCACCCGGGCACCGCCGCGCCCGCCGCCGGCGCCGGCCAGCAGGCGCGGCACGCGCAGGCGAGCCGCGUCGCGGCGCGCGCGCUGGACAGCCUGUCCGGCUCGCCGGCGCCAUCCCCGCCCGGCCGCGCGCCGCCGCAGCUGCACCUCGUGCCCAGCCACGGCGCCGCAGCCGCUGCCGCCGGCCCCGCCCGCAUGCGCCAGCCCGGCCCCGGCCCCGGCCCCGGUCCUGCGUGUGAGGCGCAGCACGCCGCCGCCGCAGCCGCCGGCACCGCGGAGGGGGACCCGCCGCUCGUGCUCGAGCUGGGCGUGUCCCUGGCCGCCCUGGAGCGCCUGUUCACCGCGGAGGGGCGCCACGACUUUGAGCAGCCUGUGUGGAUGGUCGUCAACCUGCAGGGCAAGAUCAAGGGCAGCUACACCUCGGACAAGAUGCUGGAGUUUUCCAAAAGAGGCACCCUCAGCGCGCGCCAGCUGGUUCUCGGCAUUGACAGGGACCUGCCCUACGUCCUCCGCCAGGACCUGGGGUUCUACCGCACCCUGGGGCGCCUGGCCGUGGACGUGCACCGCGGCGGCCGCUACGUGCCGCUCUCCGCCGCCCGCGCGCGCGGCGCGCCCGCCUGGGCGCCUGUCGUGCCGCGCGGGCCGCUGGACAGCGGCGAAGACGCCGCGGCCGCGGGCGCGGGCGCGGCCGGCGCGAUGGGGCGCUUGGCGCUUACCGACGACAGCGGCGGCGGCGGCGCGCCGGCGGGCGGGGUGGCGGCAAACGCGGCGCUGCGCGUCUCGCUGCAGCGGCUGUUUGCACCGACGGGGCCGGGGGCGCGGCGGCAGCCCAUGUGGCUGUACCUCAACCACCUCGGCUGGUGCCGUGGCCCCUUCUCUGGCGGCAAGCUCAUGCAUGCACACCUGUGCGGCCGGCUGCCGCGCGACACCCUGGUGGUGGGGUAUGACCCUGGUGUUCCCGUGUUCAUGCUCAGCGGCGAGGUGGCCACCUGGUUCAGGCCGCUGGGCGCUCUGCUCGACAACGUCGCCCGGGGCUACCUCUACAACCCAGUCAGCUGGCAGACCCUCAUGGAGCUGGCCCACGGGGCACCCAACAGCAGCGCCCCCUGGCGCCCACUUGUUUGGGCCUCCGGCGGCGAGCCCGCGCCGCUGCUCAACGCCGAGCAGCUGGCCGCGCCGCCCGUGGCGGGCCCGGCGCGCGGCGCCGGCGGCCGUGCUGGGGCUGGGGCUGGGGCUGGGGCUGGAGGGGCGAGCAGUGGGCUGGCUGCGGCCAUGGGACUGCAGCUGCAGCAGCAGCAGCAGCAGCAGCAGCAGCAGCAGCAGCAGGUGAUCAUCGUGAGCAAUGGCAUGGCGCCGGCGGCGCCUGGCAUGCAGCAGCUGCAGCACCACCAGCAGCACCAAGAGCUGCUGCCACGACCAGGGCAGCGGCAGGGGACGGUGGACCCCUUUGGGGCUGCCCCAUACAAUCACCACCAGCAGCAACACACCCACCACCAACAGCAGCACCAGCAGCACCAGCUGCAACAGCACCAGCAGCACCAGCAUCAGCUGCAGCACCAGCACCAGCAGCAGCAGGUGUCCUUUCAGGCACAGGUGCAGCAGCAAUACACAUUCGUGGCGCAGCCACAGCAGCAGCCCCGUCAGCACCACCAACCGGAGCCGCAUCACUCACAACAACAGCACUUCCCACACCAGCAAUUCCUUCCACAGCAGCAAUACCUCUCGCAGCAGCAGCAGCAGCAGCAGCAGCAGCAGCAGCAGCAGCAGCUUCAAGGUGGUGCUUUCAUGCCGCACUACCACUUUCCUGCAAAUGGCGAGGCGUCUCACAACGGCGGGCUUGGCGAGCCGGCCCCGGCUCCUGCCGCCCCACACCCACAGCUGCUUCCGCAGGCGUCGUCCGCAGCUGCCGAUGCCACUGCUCCGCAGCAGCUGCAGCUGCCGAUGUACCGCCUGCAGCAGCUGCAUUCGCAGCCUGCGGGUGGCGCCGCUGCGGCAGGGGCUCUGCUAGCGGUGCAGGCGGACGGCUCUCCCGUGAUGGGCGGUGGCAUGGCGUCCCUGCAGCUCUUCCCAGACGCUCAUCCCAUGGUUUCCCAAGCCGCCAGCUCGGCGGGCAUGCUCACGCUGCACUUUGACGACCCCGCCGCGCGCUCUAUGUUUGGCGGCACCAGCGCGCCGUUGCUGGCUGCGCCUGCACACCUGCGGGUGUCCGCGGCGCAGCUGCCAGUUGGUGGAAGGCUCGCAAGUAUUGGGGGUGCACCAUGGUUUGGCACCCCCUACCAGUGA